AGACAGUCCAAGAUGGUCAGCAGAUACCAACCAGAAGCAGAAGCAGAGGCUGCCAGCUCCGACUGUUCAAAUAGUAACAUUUGGGAUGGUCUCACCCAACAACCAAGCUCCUGCUGGAUGGAAGAAUAUAACGAGGCACCGUCCCUGCUGACAUCUGGCUAUGUAGUACAAAGGCCUGCUGAGGCUGAAAGAGACCCUUUCCCCUGGCAGAUUAUUUCAACCACACAGAAACUCCCACCCCCCAAGGAGCUGUGCCGGAAGAAGAGAAAGGGGCCAAAACGAAAAAGACUUGAAAAUGUCAGAGCCUUGUCUGUUUGCUAUCAUCUGGAGGAGCUGAGGAGGCGGCAAAGCAGCAUGGACGAGCUGAAAAAGGCUAAAUGGGGUGGGCUUGUCCCCCAGCCAUUCUCCGAAGGUGCAGGAGGAACUGCUGACUCACCCCCCAAAGUAACGUGCCAUGAUGAUGAUGAUGAAGACCCCCUGAGCCCCUUCAGCAUGCUGAAGCCAACUUUCCAGCUCUAUGAAGAGCCCCCAGUCUUCAGCGAAUGCAGCAAGGCGCAGCUCCUUUAUCCGGAGUGGAACCCCACCCUAAGAGAGCAGCUGAGGAUCCCUCAAGAAAGCCCUGUGAUCUCCUACACAAUGGCUACACAGGACAGGUUCCAAGCUUCAGUAGGCUGCCUCUACAGGGGAUUCAAACUGCUGUCGGAGGAAUGACCCUGAUGGCAUAUGUAGCCAGAGCUUGCCCCCCCCCCCUCUCUCUCUCUCUGUGUGUGUGUGUGUGAAGGAAAACCUUUCUCAAAGCACUAAUAGCCUGCGUGGGUGGGCGGGAGAUGGCAGGCUGCUGCUGCUGAUCCAUACAUACUGAAUUAACAGG